AGUCUCUAAUAUUUUUUGGCUCCUUCAAGUUUCGAGUAAAACAAACGCCGCACCGAACCAACAAAUUUUGUUAUUUUUGCACAAAAGUUUGAAGUUUAUCCGCCCUUAGCUGUUUGUGAAAAUGGAUCGCGUUUUCGGCAAUGUUCAGGACAAGCUGAAGAGCAUGAUGAAGAUGGAGAGCAAGGGCAUGGCCCUGAAGCUGGUGGGAUUCUACGCCGUUGGCUAUACCCUGCGCAAGUUGAUCAAGUAGAUGGCCGUGCCCAAGGCUCAGAUGUUCGUCCGUUUUGUUGCAGUCUUUGGCCCAAGUUUAAAAAUUCAAUGUUUGAGAGUUAAUAAAUGAUGAUGAACCUACCUCAAAA